UACUGCUAGCUAUGAUAUCGGGUGUAGCUGAGUAGUGGCUCAGGUCAUUGUAAGAUAUUAGUACUCGCAGUUAAGCUGAUGUGUAAAUACACAAAAAUGUUCAGAGAAUUACGACAGGUGCUGCGGGCGGUCAUGCUUUCGAGAAAGCGAAGACAACGGUAUGGUUUAAAGACUGUUGGAGGGCUUCUGGUAUUUCUGUGGACUGAAACAGGAACUUCUUUUAAAAGUCUAAGCUGCACUGUUGCAGCUGCUGGUCCCUGGUGUACAGAGAUUAAAAAGAAAGCACUCCAGGCUGUCCUCACAGAUUUGAAGGAGAGCCUUUUUCUCUGUCCUGGGCCAUGUCCUGAGCCUGACCCAGAGGAGCUGUGUGCCUUCACUGAUCUAUAUGGUUCCCUCAAAUUACUCGUGUCUUUUCAGAUGAUAGAUGCCAGAGGUUUCAGCCCAGAGUUGCUAGCUCAUUUAGAGUCAUUCCUACACACCUUCAGCUUGGCUAACGCAGGGAUAAAAACACACCUCAAAUUUAAAUUCAAUCAGCAGACCCUCCAACAAGAAUUCAGAGUGAAAAUCAAAAGUAAAGUUGCAAAGGUGGACCAACCAUCAGUGAUCUUGGAUGUCACCUGCAAGACGCAGCCUCCAGAGUGUGUCAAAAAAGGAUGCUGGUGUCAGGGAGGACAUCCUGUCCGUGGAGACAGGUUGCCACUCAGUAUCCCAGCACAAGUCAUGGAUCAGGGUCUGUACGGGGAGCUCAGUGUCCAACCCGUCACCCUGCUGAGCCCCUGUGUGCUGCAGUACCCCAAUCUGGAAACCCAGCUAACUCACAUACAAUUGUUGGUUUACAGCCCCAGUAAUGUCCCAGUUACAGGGCCCUCCACCUUCUUCCAGAUCAUCCCUGCUCAUCUGGACUGUGAAGAACUGGGCUGUCAUGGCCUUCACUGCUCCUCCUUCAAAGAUCUUGUGUACAGUGGUGGCACUGUGUACACAGUAGAGCAGGAAAAUUGGGAAGACCCAGAGCAAGAAUCACGUCUUCCCUCAAUACAGCAGAGUGUCCGGCUGUUCCUCUUCCUGCAGCACAGUGAUCCAUUCACCUCCCAGCUCUCUGAUGAUAUGGCCACAGAGGCACUGAUAGAGCACCACCUGGAGGAUAUUCUGAGCAACAACAGGCAGGCAGUCACAGCAGCAUUGCAUACUGAGAUUAAGAAUGUGCUGAAAGCCCAAAAUCGCCGGAAAAAGGCAAAUAUUUGGGUGUCGUGUGUGAUGUUUAAGGACCAAGAGAAAUUGCAUUCAGCUGUCAAGGUGAUUCUCAGUUCAUCAGUCAGUAUUGUGAGCUGCAGCAGUAACCUGGACUUCAGAAAUGCCUGUCUGAACAGCAUGAAGGUGUGUGACACACAUGAACUGUCUGCUUCCCUUUGUGAAUCUCUGAAGAGGGUGACAUCAUGGAAGUUCAUCCCCAAGGGCAAGUGCUACUCUGCUCAGAUGAAAGAAUACCCUGAGAGCAAUGAGCCCACCAGAUCAGAAAUCUGAGAAUGUCUGUAUUUGACAUGAAAGAGUUUUGUUCUGUUUGAAGGCUGUGGAAGCAGUUAAAACUGAAAUGUAUAUACCUGAGAAUGUGUUAUUAAUGGAUGUUGUACACCUGCUGGUUACAGAAAUAGCUAUUUAACCUUUAAUUUAAAAAUACCUUGUUUUUGUUAUAGUUUGUGUGUUAAAGAAGAUGUGAUAGAACAGAUAAAAGGUAGAAAAUGUUCCAAAAGAGAUGUGCAAUCGGGCAGCAACUAACACUUAUUUCAUGAUCAAAUAACCUGCCCUUUAUUUCCUGGACUAUUCUUGGUCUGUAAAACAUCUAAAAACCAUGCUAAACACCCAUGGAAAUAUCCAACAGCACCCGGUGGUGCCAUUAAGCAUCUUGUUUUGUCUGAACAUUCCAAAAUGUAGAAAUAUUAACAUAAGACAAGAAAAGCAGUAAAUUCAUACAUGUGAAAAGCUGAAACUAACAAAACUUUGGCAUUUUGCCACGAGAAGAUUCUUUUUUUUUAUCACAGUAGUUGGCAAUGCAUUUAUUUUGGCUGUUUGAUUCAUCAACUAAUUGUUGCAGCUCUGAUCUACAAUCAUUUGAAUCCCUGAUCUGAGAUAAUACUUUAUUGAUGUUCUCUGUUUUGUAUUCCUACUAAAUAAACAAUAUAAAC